AUGUCUGAUGUAGCCAUCUUAAUACCAAUAUCCUUUCUAUUGGCGAUUAAUCCCUGUAAAAGGUAUGAUUGAAUAUCAAAUUUUCUUUAGUAUAUUAUAAGGGAUUGGUGAUAUAUUGUUGACCAAUGAAGGUUUUUUAAGAUCCAUCUUUUUGUUAUUGACUUCCUUUUUAACAAAAAUUCAGUUAUUCAGUGAAAUUUUCAAUUAGGUAAUUUUCCAAUUCGAAUUUANAUAAUCAAUUUUUAAUUAUUGCAGAAAUUAACAAUAAGUACAAUUUUAAAUUCAAUAAUUACCAAUCAGAGAAGAAUUAAAAAAUUUACUUUCAUUAAUGAUUGAUCCAAUACCUCACAAAAGACCUAAUAUCGAUUAUGUCCAAAAACAAUUCUAACUCAAAUUCUAAUCUAAAAUACAAUACUUCUAGAGAAGUAGUCCCUGUAAAUGA